AUGAUUUUUUUAAAUUCGUCAUCUAUCUAUCUAUCUAUCUAUCUAUCUAUCUAUCUAUCUAUCUAUCUAUCUAAUAAAUAUUUAUUAGAAAUAAUUUCUUUCAUAAAUCCUCUAAUCUGUUUCCAUUUUUGUGAUCUAUCUAUCUAUCUAUCUAUCUAUCUAUCUAUCUAUCUAUCUAUCUAUCUAUCUCAGUCUGUUUCUUUCUUUCUUUCUUUCUCAGUCUAUUUCUAUCUAUCUAUCUAUCUAUCUAUCUAUCUAUCUAUCUAUCUAUCUCAGUCUGUUUCUUUCUUUCUUUCUAUCUAUCUAUCUCAGUCUAUUUCUAUCUAUCUAUCUAUCUAUCUAUCUAUCUAUCUAUCUAUCUAUCUACGCCCAACUAUUUGCCACUUGCUCGGACACAGACAAUCAACUCAAAAAACCAAUUUAAAAAUAUAUUUAAUCUCCUUUGAUGAGUGUCUCGAAUGUUAA